CAGAAAAUCGCGUGCGAGGAGCUUGCACUGUCAUUCAGCGAAAUCCACCACCUGAAAAUACAAGGAAGUGAGGGCGACUCGUUUGGGUAUAAAACAUCAACCACAUCUGCCUUGAGCCGUGCAGACUGACGCAGCAUCAACAAUACUAGCACUCGCAUGUACUUUUUCGUUUUCAUAGAAUUUAGAAUUCAAUAAUAAUAAUAAUAUUAAUAAUAAUAAUAAUAAUAAUAAUAAUAAUAUAAACAAAGCACGUUCAUUCAUUCAAAUGUCACUGCAUAUUAGUACAGUGUUGGAAUCCGAAUAAAAGUGCAAAGCUGUUAGUGCAAGAUCAUGAUUCCACCUGGGGACUGUAUGUAUGCGGGCAGGAAAAGAAGAAAGCCCAUACCAAAACAAAAGCCAGCGGUGGUGAGUGAAAAGUCCAACCCAUCGAAGAGACACAGAGAUCGUCUGAAUGCAGAGUUGGAUCGCCUUGCCAGUCUCCUGCCAUUCUCUCCGGACAUAAUUUCCAAACUGGAUAAACUGUCUGUUCUGCGCCUCAGUGUCAGCUACCUUAGGGUGAAGAGCUUCUUUCAAGCCAUUCAGGAGAAGACGCCCAGAAAGCAUAUCAGCCAGCCAGUGAAUCAUGAAUCCAUGAAAGAGAGCACGCCAAUAGAGAACAGCAUCACAGAAAGUGAAUUGUUGUUAGAGUCAUUGAGUGGGUUUGCGCUGGUGGUGAGCACAGAAGGGAUGAUAUUUUAUGCAUCCUCCACUAUUGUUGACUACCUAGGCUUCCAUCAGACUGAUGUGAUGCACCAGAAUGUGUUUGAUUAUAUCCAUGUGGAUGAUCGGCAGGAGUUUCGCAGACAGCUUCACUGGUCCAUGAACCCCCCUCAGCAGGUGGCCAGCCAGGAGCACCAUUUAGCAGCAGGAAUGGAGGAAGACUACAUCCUGAGCAGUUUGUUUAAUGCCCAGGAAUCGGAUGGUGUUCCACCAGAGUGCUCUUCCUUUCUGAAGCGCUGCUUUAUCAGCAGAGUUCGUUGCCUCCUCGACAGCACCUCUGGCUUUCUGACAAUGCAGUUUCAGGGCAGACUGAAAUUUCUUUACGGCCAAAAGAAGAAGACAGCGUCUGCAGCCGUGCUUCCCCCCCAGCUAGCAUUGUUCUGUGUUGCAGUGCCGGUCCUGCUGCCCUCCAUCACAGAGAUGAAAAUGAAAAGCAUGGUAAUGAGAACCAAACACAAAGCUGGUGUUACUGACACAAUGGAAAAAAAAGCCAAAGGAGGUGAAGUAUCUGAAGCACAGUGCAAAAAUGGUUACCACUAUGUCAAAUUUGCUGAUAUGAUACAUAAUGCUGAAACCCAUCUGAAAGUGAUGAAUAAUGGAGAAAAUGGAGUUCCUGUCUUUAGAGUGCUUACAAAUGAAGAUCAAUGGAAUUGGGUGCAGGCUAACGCUCAGCUUGUGUACAGAAACGGAUGCCCGGAAUAUGUCAUUGUCACACAACAGUCCAUGAAAGAUAAAGAAGAUGCAGAAAACCUAAAGAUGGAAGCCAGUAAUAGUGGAAUGAAUGAAAAUGAUGAGGUGCAUCUGUUAAACUGCUCCAAUGACACAUCUGGGCAACAAAGACAUCACAAUCACUGGACAAAGGAAGGGAUUAAACAAAAACUUGAACUGAACAAAAGUGAAGGUUGUUAUACCCAAGAUGAGCCAUUCAAUUUCUGUAAAUCCUCUUUAGGUGGAGAAAAAGCCCCCAAUUUAGGUAACCCCUGGGCUGUAAUAUCAUCCACAGGGGCACAGCUGAUAAGGACUGGUCAAAAUAUGAAUGGCCUUCCAAGUAAACCUGCUCAUUAUGGGAAGCCAGGCAUUUAUAAAAUGUCUCCAAGCUGCCACCAUAUCAGGAAUGACACGCAUAUCCCCAAACUUUACAGCACUUCACAAAAUCCAGAAAUGGACAACUUCACGGCAGAUGUUAUGAAAUCGGAAAACACAUAUGUAUCACAUGUGGGAUGCUACAACAACAGGAUGUUUCCUGAAACUCCAAUCAAAGUCGAACAGGAAUCUGAUUCUGAAAACGGCUGUGACAUCUAUGAUAUCUCCCAAAGCAGGACUUGGACGUGUAAGGAGGAAGUGGAGAACAAGUUUUGGAUUGGGUAUUCUGAAGGAAUUCUGUUGAAAACUGAAGCAGACUAUUAUGAGCAACACUCUCCCUGUCAGAAAAACAAAAACAACAUGGGGGUGCCUUUUAACAGGCACUACCAAGAUACCUCCUCUGGGAGCAGACCUUUAAAAUAUGUGUUUCCCAAAGCCUUGACCCAGUUUAGCCCACAAAGGUUACCUCAUUUGGAGAACUUGUCCAGUAACCCCAGCGCAAACUGUUUGGAUAACCCUGCGUAUGGGCACAAUUCUAUGGAACAUGAAGGGUUUGACCAGCAGGAGUAUAAACUAGCCUACGAGUUCAAAAGUCACAACUUGAUCCAUGCUAUCAAGCGUGAGCCAAUGGAUUCUCCCCCAUGGUCUGAUAUCAAUCAAAAGGUCAUACAGACACCUCUGCAACGAAAUGUCAUGCCAAACUGCAUUAUGAAUUCAGCGGCACAUAAAUCUAAUCCAUAUUCCUAUUUGCAGUGACAGGCACAGAUCUGCCUGUGCACCUGAAUUUAUCAGGGUGAAGAAAGUAUUACAGACAUGAAAUGGGAGAUUUUAGAUGUUCUACUCAUAUUUAAGGACUUCAAAUUAUAUUGCUUUAUUAUGAUUAAUGCAAAUACAAUACAUGUUUUAAAGCACUUGUCAGAAUAUAUUAAUACAAUUAACACUGAUCUGUGUGUUUUCUGAUGUGUUCUAUAGCUUGCCAAGCUGCAGCAUAAGCGUAAUAUGCUAUAGCAGUGGUUUUCAAACGGGUACACGAGCUCUCGUCAGGGGGUAUGCGAGAAAAAUCCUGUAUUGGUAGACAAUGCAUUUUUUUCCAGGUUGUUGUACAUUGCAACUUAGCAAUCGAAUCAACAAUGUUGAAUCUCCUUUUAAAAAAAAACACAGCCGUACUGGUGUACGUUUCCUUUCUGUUGGGCGAGAUUAACUCUAUUAAUACCCAGCUGGCUGCUGACAGUGCGUUGAGCUAAUUUACAUAUUCCAAUAGCAGUGCACUGGUUACUACAGUCUGUGGGCUAAAUAUAGCCUGUAUAUUCAAAUAAAGAUUGUCAUUGUACAAUGUUGCUUCUUUUAAAAAUGUGUAGUAUUUACUAAGUAAACAUACUUUCUGGGGUUUAAAUGUUCACUGUUAGUAGUUUAAUCAGUUCAGUGUUUUUUCUACGUUUACUUUUUUUAAAUAACAGUUUAGUUGAGCAGGCAGCUGGGCCGCCCAUGAAAUCACUCACUUCUGAGCUGGAGCGACAUGACUGUUAUCUUUACUUGCAAUGCUUUUAUGUGUUUUUUCAUUAUUAAUUAAUUCAUUGAAAAACUCCUUUGUCAUGUGAGUGCAUUACCCUACGCCUCCACACCGGUAAUUAUUAAUAAAAGCAAAAGGACGAUAUUAUUAUUAUUACAAAAAUAGAAUUAUACCAAAUAACGUUUUUAUUUACAAUGAAGGGAAAAAUACAUGUUUUCAUUAUAAGCAUUUGGGCGACACAGUAUGUUCCCUACAUUGUAAAUAAAAACAUGAUUAGGUAUAAUUUAAGUAAAACGCUAUUAAUAAUAAAUGAAUCAGGGUUGUAGCAGCAGUUUAAGUAAUCUAAAUAUUUCGUCGAAUAGUUAAAAAGUACAAUGCUUAUGGGACUGUCAGCGCUCAUUUUCAAAAGAUGUCGGCACGGACAUUAUAUACAAACCAAUGAAUAAAUUGUGUAUGUAUGUAUGCCUGUGUGCGUGCGUGCGUGUGUGUAUUGAGACUAUAUGCAUGUCUCUAAUCAUAUGUGGGUUUCGCGAUCACGCCGCCCUCUAGCCAAAAUUGUAGAUAGUAGCCUACUGUAAUAGCCUUAUGUUUUUGCCUGUUGUCAUUGAUUUGACACAUUGCCACUGUAUAUGCUUCCAGGGCAGGUCAAACUUCAGGAAAAAAAUCACAAAUUUUCCGUCCCUUCCUGCGAUUUCAGUCGGUCAGUGUGUGAUGCCCGCUUAUAAAGUGUGUUCCGGGCUUUAAAGCUGAUUAACACGAACUGCACUAAACACUUUAACAUGUAAGCAUUUUGCUAAAAGUAAUUUUUGACUGCCUGAUAUAAAUAUCGCAUUGCUACUUUCAACAAAUUUUACAUUGUCCCAGCUCAAGUGUUCAACGAUAAAAUUAAAGUUAAAAAAUAAAUAAAUAAUUAUUUGUAACUUAAAAAAACAACACCUGUUUUCUCUCUACACUUCUGCAUUUGUCUGAAGAAAUGCAUGUCUUUUGUUGAGAAUCGCUUUUUGAUUUUGUUUUGAAUUGGAACCGUAGUUUAGUUUUUCAGAAGCAUAACCUUUUUGGACUCGUUUUGGCAUACUUAUUGGAGUCUGGAUUUUGAAAUAAUUUUACAUGGCAUUUUAGUUGGUGCAUUUUCACCGUGGUUAACUAAUUGUAUUUUAUUUUGUUAGUUUUUAACAGCAGUUUUCCAUUUACAGUAACUAAUCUAGUAAUUAGAAAAGAUAAUAUGUUUUCAUAGGUAUAUUAGACCCUAUCUCAGGUGGGGGUACGCGAUAGACUAGAUUAUUUGGAAAGUGGUACAGGGCCUAAAAAGUUUGAAAACCACUGGGCUAUAGUAAAACACAAAGGUUUUACAUCUGUUUGUGAAACAGGGUGGUGAAUCACCCUAUGAUUUUGCUUGUGAUAUUUAAAUGUAAAUGCAGAAAAAAGUGGAAAGUGACACGCAGUCUAUACCGUCCACAAUGAGUUUAAUAUGUAUUGUAUAAAUUAGUUGUUACUGUACUUUUUUUAUAAUAAGUUGCUAAAUAUAUAUUUUUGGCAUAAUAACUUUGAAGUAAGCAAUAAUGACCGAAAUAAUAAACUGAUGCUGUGUUCAACGUUCUAAUUCAUUAACUAUAAUUUCAUUUUGGAGUAUUCCCUACAUUUACUGCAAAUAAAACCUAAAUUGCUGUCAACAGUCUUUUAAUGCCUCCUGGCAUUUGUAUCUCAACAACAUUUAACAGUAUUUUAUUGUUGAGGGUUGUUGAGCGUUAGAAUUUCACUCUUUUCAUGUUGUUUUUAUAGUGUUGGAUUUCAGAUUGAGCUCAUUUUAUCAUGACAAGUCCCCUUUAGCAAAAUAAUUAUCGUAACAAUAUGAAAAUAAAAACCAUGGCUCUCCAGUGUACAUGUCAUAUUUCAUUAUAUAAAGCAUAAGGCUGUGUUUUUUUUUAUUGUUUUUAUUUUAUUUUAUUUAUUUUUAGCGCCGAAGACGAAUACACGCUGUCCUCUGAAACGUGUGCCGUCAGCCGACUGCUUUUUUUCACUCUGCAGGCCCAACAUGCAGCCACCUCCAGAGCUACAGCGUCAGAGGACAACGCAGCCAGUCUACGGGGGUCGCUGGUGCAUGGUGAGCCGAGGACACCCUGGCCGACCUAAGACCUCCCCACCCGGGCGACGCUCGGCCAAUUGUGCGCCGCCCCUUGGGAGCUCUCGUCCACACAUAAGGCUCUGUUUUAAUGUUAUUAAAAGUAAUGCAUAACGUUUUUAAAAGAUAAAUCAAUAACACACUGCAAUAAAUACUGCAAUAAAACAAUUGAGCUAAAUUUCAAGUUUAAAGCAACAUUACAGGAACGUGAUAUUUAGAGUAAUCAUUAAAACUUAUUUUUCGAUUGCAUUGCUUAAUAUUUUUACUAAAUAGAACGUUACCACUAAUGUGUGCUAUCAGUCUAUUCAAAUCUUUAAUUUUUUUACAACCAAUUAAUUAUUGAUAGUCCAAAACCAUCGGUCUUAUUUAGUUUUAUUAUGACCAAUAGGAUAUUAUGUUUCUUAAUAUAGACAAAGGCAGUCCUCACAUAAUGUCAGUAGAACAAUCGGUGAACUAUAUCAAACAUAGAAAUGAGAAAUUUAGAAUAGGGAAUUAAUGAACAUCUAUCGAACUGAAAAUUGGCUCAUAGUACAGUUACUCAGAAAGUGUCCCUCUUCAUGUUGUCUUUUUUCCUCUUUUAGAAACUGUUUUCAAUUUCUGUCAUGGGUAUCAAUCUUGUUUCAGACUCACUGUCUGCCUUUGAAUGUGUGUAACAAUAUGUUACACACAUGAACAAUGUUCAUGCCAUAUUUUGAACAUGCAAAAUAAAGGUUUUUUUUCCUUCAAAAUCUAGGCCUAUUUAUGGAAAAAAACAAAUAGGCAAUGGGUCCUGGCCAUGAAGAUAUUUAUUAAACUAUAUACAUUGAGUAAGAGUCUGUUGCCUUUAAGAAAGCAUUGCAAAAGAAAUGGUAUUAGUAAACCAUGAAGUGGCUGAGAAAGAGCUGGAAAUAAGUAUUUCUCAAAAUGUAAAGUAACUCUUAACCAUAUUUUGACUAUAGGCUUGUCAAUAUCUUCAAUUACAUGAUUCUAGAUUAGGGCAUGCAGUACCAUUUAUUGUAUGGAUGUUGUACUUCGAAAUAGUUUUUCACAUGUUGGAUAUGACUGAUGUAUUGAUGAGAUAUCAGGAUAUGAAACAUACCAACACUUUUUUUUAUCAGACCUCUGGCAAGUCACAGUAUAAUUUACAAAUGCAUUCCCAUGUGCAAAUGUCGGGUAUAAUAAUUUUAGAUAAACCAGGGGUUUUCAACCGGGGGUACGUGUAGCCCUGGGGGUAUUUUUAAGGGUCAUAGGGGGUACGCAGGACGACUUGGAAAUGCACAAAUAAAAAUGAAAGUAAAAGAAAAUAAUGCUUUUGUAACAGUAUUAUAUAUUCUCUAAAACACUGUGUAUAAUUAUUUAAUCUUUGUUUAGCAGCUCAAAGUGAACCACAGAUUGAAAAAAAAACACAUAGAAUCUAUCACGCCCACACUUUCCACCUGUAUGCAAGCGCAUUUCGAUUGAGUGGAGUUCCACUCUGAUAUACAGGUGAAGCAGGCGUCUGGCGAUCGUGUCAAUGGAGAGCGAUCUGUGCUGCUCAUGAUCCUUGGGGUAGGAUUUUCAAAAAACAGUGUUAUUGUAUUGAACUCAUGGUAUAGUAACAAGAUUUUUAGUAGCAAGUGAUUUUCAAAUGAAAUGUGUUAAUUAAAUCAAUCCGUUAAUGCUUUGAAAUUGAGUCGAUGAGGUUGUUAAUGAACGCAUUUCUCAUUAAAAAUCUUAAUUGUCGCAGGUCACGUACAUCACUUCCUGUCUCAACAACUAGAUAAGGGGAACUUGUUAAUCAAAAUGCAUGUUAACGGGAUCAAGAAAAAUGAAUGGAAGCAUAAUUCGCUGUUAUGGAAACUACUCGCGUACAGGGAGGCGGGUCUCCAACCAGCCAAAUGGAAAUAAAAAAUAAUGGGAAUAUCUAUGUUGUGUAUAAUUUGUAAACUCCAUUUAAAAUUGUGCAUUUUGUCAUGCAGAAUGUACAUUUAUUUAGAACACUUCACAUAUAAAAUGCUGAUUUACAAUUAUCUAGUGUGUGGGUAAAAAUCGGACUGCACGGAUUAAAAAAAGUAAUAAAUAAAUAAAAAUUAAACCCCACUAGUCAUUUACCCUCUUUCAGGGGAAUAUUUUGCCACAGCUUACUAUAUACUCUUUUAUGUGCAUUUUGCAAUCUUUUUUUUUUUGGUUAAAAACAAACAAAAAUACCGUAAGCGAUCUAUGUAUAUUGGUUGGAAUUUAUUUUCUGAUGUUGACAUAUACUUUUGUCUAUAUUUGAGUAUGUACGAUUGUAGGCUAUAAAUAAUAAGAUCUAUAAUAAGAUCCAAAAUGGAAAAUUACCUAUAUGGUAACAAUAUCCUGGGAGACAGUCAGCAUGGUUUUAGGAAAUGGAGAUCGUGUCUAACUAAUCUUUUUGAGGAUGCAACAUCGACAAUGGAUAAUUGCAAAGCAAACAACAUGGUUUAUUUAGAUUUCCAGAAAGCUUUUGACAAAGUCCCGCAUAAAAGAUUAAUUCUCAAACUGAACGCAGUAGGAAUUCAAGGAAAUGCAUGCACAUGGAUUAGAGAGUGGUUAACAUGUAGAAAACAGAAAGUACUGAUUAGAGGAGAAACCUCAAAAUGGAGCGAAGUAACCAGUGGUGUACCACGGAUCAGUAUUAGGUCCUCUGCUAUUCCUAAUCUACAUUAAUGAUUUAGAUUCUGGUAUAGUAAGCAAACUUGUUAAAUUUGCAGAUGACACAAAAAUAGGAGUGGCAAACACUUUUGCAGCAGCAAAGGUCAUUCAAAAUGAUCUAGACAGCAUUCAGAACUGGGCAGACACGUGGCAAAUUACAUUUAAUAGAGAAAAGUGUAAAGUAUUGCACGCAGGCAAUAAAAAUGUGCAUUAUAAAUAUCAUAUGGGAGAUACUGAAAUUGAAGAAGGGAUCUAUGAAAAAGACCUAGGAGUUUAUGUUGACUCAGAAAUGUUUUCAUCUAGACAAUGUGGGGAAGCUAUAAAAAAGGCCAACAAGAUGCUCGGAUAUAUUGUGAGAAGUGUUGAAUUUAAAUCAAGGGAAGUAAUGUUAAAAAUUUACAAUGCAUUAGUAAGACCUCACCUGGAAUAUUGUGUUCAGUUCUGGUCAUCUCGUUACAAAAAGGAUAUUGCUGCUCUAGAAAGAGUGCAAAGAAGAGCAACCAGAAUUAUGCCAGGUUUAAAAGGCAUGUCGUAUGCAGACAGGCUAAAAGAAUUGAAUCUAUUCAGUCUUGAACAAAGAAGACUACGCGGUGAUCUGAGUCAAGCAUUCAAAAUUCUAAAAGGUAUAGACAAUGUCGACCCAGGGGACUUUUUUGACCUGAAAAAGAAACAAGAACCAGGGUCACAGAUAAAGGGGCAUUCAGAACAGAAAAUAGGAGCCACUUACACAGAGAAUUGUGAGGGUAUGGAACCAACUCCCCAGUAAUGUUGUUGAAGCUGACACCCUGGGAUCCUUCAAGAAGCUGCUUGAUGAGAUUCUGGGAUCAAUAAGCCACUAACAACCAAACGAGCAAGAUGGGCUGAAUGGCCUCCUCUCGUUUUUGUAAACUUUCUUAUUUCUUAUGUUCUAAAUAUGUUUGAGGUGUCAUUUGUGUUUGUAGUUGUUAGCUAUAUAUUAUUCAUGUAUACCAUGUAUGUAACUCUUCGUUAUAUAUUUAUUAAGCUUUUAAAAUGACGAUAGAACUCCCUACCCAAUACACAAUGUGUUUAUAAUUGUUCAAUGAAUUCCUCUAAUCAUGCACUUUCUUUGGUACUUUUUGCUCGCCUCCGCGAUAAACUCAACAUGAUUAGAAAGAGCCAACAAACACUUACAGUAUUAUAAGAACAUUUUAUAUGCAUACAAACGUGUGAAGGUGAAAGUGUACAUUGUACAUAAAGUGUGGGGGGAGUCUGACAACACUAAAUAUGUUUAGGUAAAUUCCAUGUCAAUGAUCUCGAUCACAUUCCUAGUGCAUCAUUGUGUGUCCUUGACCCAUGUUCUUCGUUCUUGUGUUAAAAGCCAAGGAUGCAUUGCAAAUCCGCAGUCACCUAAGGAAACUUUAUUGUAAUAUCUAAUAUGCCAUUUUCUAUACCUAGAUUUCAGUUGUAUAAUUCAAAUAUAAAAUAUACAGUAGAGGUCAGCUGUCAUAUAAUGUACGUAUCCAGGUGUGUUUAAUGACUUCAACUACUUACAAUCUGUGUAUUUGAAUUUCCAUCAUUAUUGGUGUUUUUUUGUUUUUUUUUACAGAGAGGUUGAACCAUUACAAAAUAAGCACCUGUGUCAUUUACUGCCCUUUCAUUUCUUAAAAAAAAUGCAUUUGGUGAUUGAACAAUUAAAUUGAUUAAUACCUAGACAUACACAGAUGUAAACAUUAUUUUGUAACUGUUGUUUUUAUUGUAUGUGUAAUCAACAUAAUAUGUGUCUAGUAUAUUAUAUUUAUUUUCAGUAACUCUCCAUAAAUGUAUUUUAAUCAGAAUAGUCUGGAUAUGUGUCCCAUAGAUUAGGGACCCCUCUUGUGAUUUAUGCUUUUUGCUGAAUAAUUACAGUAAGUUCAGAUUUCCUUCUGUUCUGUACCUUUUUUUUUUUUUUUUUUUUUUUUUUUAAGAAAUAAACAUGGGGCUUCAAUUAAAUGUUGUAGCUGCAACACAGG